AUGGCAGACGGCGAAUCAGGCCAAGUGCCUCGGGCUCGGCCCCAGCCCCGUAGAAACCGUGGCAGCGCAUCUCGCGGUCCACGGGGAGGACGACACGGUCGAGGUCGAGGAGGAGCUGACAACAGCGCCAACAGCCAAAGGACGCAGCAGGACACGGCUGAGACAGGACCCCAGACUACGGCACGCAACUCAACAGCACCGGCACCAGAGCAAGCCAGCAGAGGGAGGCGCGGCAGAGGAGGAGCUGUCGGUGGAAGCGGAAACAGGAGGCGUGGCCGUAGCUCCUCCCGCAACACAGCCGUGACCGCAGCAGGCCCAGGUACGCGCAGGGCGUUUGGCGGUCAUCUCACGACCACUGCGGAGGCUGAAGAUGAAGAGCCUGGGACUGCAUCAACGCCGGCAGCCGUUUCUCUGUCUGCCGACGCCCUGGAGUUCGUGCCCGGCCAAGCAGUAGUAGCACAGAGAGAGAACAAGAAGUCCGCAAAGACGCAAAGGUCCGCGGAAAAGGUGUCCAGAUCACUGGCAACCGAUCUCGGCACGCGUAUCCAUGAUGAUAUCAGCACGGGCAGCUACGAGUGCGUCAUCUGCACCGAGGACGUUGUCCGAUCCUCUAAGAUCUACUCGUGCCCCAAGUGCUAUACGUCACUGCACCUCAAGUGCGUCAAGGCCUGGUAUGAGACCCAGAUCGAGCAGCGUUCAGAUGGAUGCUGGCGCUGUCCCGGCUGCAACUCUGUUGUCCAGGACGUCCCCUCGUACCACUGCUGGUGUGGCAAGGAAGACGACCCCAGGCCCUCAAGCAAGGCUCUGCCUCCUCACUCGUGCGGACAGACGUGCUCCAAGACUAGAAAGACGUGCCCUCACCCCUGUACGUUGCAAUGCCACGCCGGACCUUGCCCGCCCUGCGAUGCCAUGGGCCCCCCCCAGGCGUGCUUCUGCGGUAAGCACGAGAACCGCAGACCCUGCCGAGAGACGGACUACCAGGGCGGCUGGAGCUGCCAGGAACCCUGUGAGGAUAUCCUUCCCUGUGGGUCCCACACGUGCACUAAGCCGUGCCACCCUGGCGUCUGCGGCGAGUGCGAUAUCGUGAGCGAUGCCCGGUGCUACUGCGGCCGUGUGAAGAAGAAGGUUGCAUGCUACCUCCAGGCCGAUGCCGAGCAGUCGUACGAUCCGAACGACGAGGGAUGGUUCGAGGGCACCUUCACCUGCGAUCAGGUAUGCGCGAGAAGCCUGGACUGCGGCAUCCACAAGUGCACACGCACGUGCCAUGCACAAGGUGAGCUCCCGGGCCACUGCCCUCUAGCCGUGGACGUUGUCUCGCACUGCCCGUGCGGAAAGACGCUCCUGAGUGAGCUCUUGGAUGAACCUAGGCGAUCGUGCGAAGACCCAGUCCCCCACUGCCAGAAGCCGUGCGACAAGGUCCUCGACUGCGGCCACCUGUGCAAGGCGAAGUGCCACGAGGGUGAGUGCCCGCAUUGUGCCGAGCCUACCACCGUACCCUGCCGGUGCGGCCGCGUCACGGCGGAUACCGUGUGCCACCAGGGCCAUGUCGAGAAUCCGCUGUGCAUGCGCGUGUGCCAGGCCAAUCUCAACUGUGGCCGCCACCGAUGCGGCGAGCACUGCUGCCCUGGCGAGAAGAAGGCCUCGGAGAGGCAGGCGGCGCAGCGACGCAAGAGGGGCCCGGUGCCCCAGAUCGAACCCGAGCACAUCUGCAUCCGCACCUGCGGAAAGCUCCUUAAGUGCGGCAAGCACAGCUGCCAGCAGAUGUGCCACCGCGGCGCCUGUGAGAGCUGCCCCGAGGCCGUCUUCGAGGACAUCAGCUGCAACUGCGGCAGGACGGUCCUCCAGCCCCCGCAGCCUUGCGGGACUCAGCCGCCUGAGUGUCGCUUCCAGUGCCCUCGGACGCCCCGAUGCGGCCACCCGGCCGUCGAUCACCACUGCCACCCGGACGAAGUCGAGUGUCCCAAGUGCCCCUUUCUGGUCGACAGGAUCUGCGCCUGUGGCAAGGAUGCAGUGUCCUUCCACCCCUGCCACCUUCAGGAGGCGCGCUGCGGCAAGCCCUGCGGCAGCAAAUUGGAGUGCGGGUCUACUUGCGGCCAAGUAUGCGGCAAGGCCAAGCUUCUCUGCGGCCACCCGUGCCAGAACCACUGCCACGGAAAGACUCCGUGCAACGAGUCAUCGCCAUGUCAGGCCAAGGUGACGCUGACCUGUCCGUGCGGCCAGCGCAAAAAGGAAAUCAGGUGCCAGGCGAGCAGCUACAACGACGGCGACGACGACGUCGUCGUCGUCGUCGACAGUACGAUGCCGCCCGCAGCGCACCCCCGUCUCGACUGCGACGAUGAGUGCCUCCGUCUGGAGCGCAACCGCCGGCUUGCCGAGGCGCUCAACAUCGACCCCAACUCUGAGCUGACGGACCACGUCCCGUACUCAGACACGACGCUCAAGAUGUUCCGGGAGCUGGGCUCCUGGGCCGAGGACAAGGAACGUGAGUUCCGGGUGUUCGGCGCGACCAAGAGCGAGGUGCGGAUGCGGUUCGCGCCCAUGCCGACCAGGAAGCGACAGUUCCUGCACUCGCUGGCCGAGGACUACCGUCUCGAGAGCCACAGCGAGGACUGGGAGGCGCACCGGCACGUGGUCAUCAGCAAGACUGGCACGGGCUUCACGGCGGUGCCCUCCAAGACGCUGGGGCAGUGCAUCCGGAUCCGCGACAGGCAGGCGGCCGAACAGAAGGCGGCCGCCGCCGCCGCCGCCGCCGCCGCCGUGGCCAAGGACCCUGGUGAUGGCGACGCAGCUCCGCCCUUCAACGCUCUCCUCCUCACGUCCACGGGCUUCGGGCUGACGGUGGCGGAUAUACAGGCAGUCCUGGAGCCCGUCUUCGCAUCGCAGUCCCUCAGCCUCCAGGCCAUCGAGUUCCUCCCCACGACCGAGGAGGUCCUCCUGCGCGUCGUGGCGCCCUACUCCGCGGCCAGCGGCCUCGACGCCACCCUCAACUCCCUGAGGAACAAGGUCGCCGACGCGGUCAAGGCCGGCAAGAUCUCGACGGGACCCGUCGUCCUCGUCGCCGUAGCCAGCCAGCACGACGAGAUCCUACGUCGCGAGCGCCUGACCACCACCCGACCUGACCCUGCGGGGUGGAAUGCCGUGGCCGGUCGGGCCACGGCCUGGGCAUCGCCAUCAUCAUCGUCAUCUAGGCCGGACGGCACCGCUGCCGGCAGUCUUGGGGAUGACAGCAGGACUCCGGGGAGGAAGAUGCUCGGUCUGAGGAAGAAGACAGCCCUGAGGGGGGGUACGGACAAGACGUGGCGGUUGUUGGAUGGGGAUGUAGAGUGUUGA